AUUAAACAAAAUCCUUUGAUGCCAUGUUUCUCUCUCAAUCGAAACCCAAACACAAAGAAAAGACCAAAGCUUUUCGCUAUGAUUUUCUCGAGAAAAUAUUAAAAAUCUAACCCAGAAAAGGAAAAGAGAAAAAGGGAAAUGGCAAUGGCAUAUCUUUAUUAUUACCCAUCCAGAAUAAACGGAGAGAUUCGGUCACACCUUCUCAAUCUAGAAACUCAAACUGGAGAAGAAGAAGAAGUUUCAUCAUAAUUAUACUUCUUCCUCUCUUUGCAAGACACCGACUCAGCUUCUCAUAUCUGAUAUGGCGUUUGAUCAAAAUUCGAUUCCUAAAGAUUUAAGACCGUUAAAUAUAGUUAGAAAUUUGUCUGAUGAGCCCCGCAUUACGUCUGUUACUUCAGCGGGUAGAAGUCCAGAUGGGUAUUAUGCUAACCCUGUUCGUGAGAUUGGGAGCCCUGAUUCCGUACCCGUUUACUACCCAUCGCCUGUUUCUGAAGCUGGGUUUGUAGGCCUAGGAUAUGGAAAUGCGAUUCCUAAUGUGGCUGCCUGGGGCCCUCGUGUGGCUGUCCAAACCUUACCAGUGGCGUAUCAGAGUGUGUGUCCAGCUGUUGGGUACGGUUACAAUUCUAAUUUGGCCAAUCGGGGUGCUGGUGGAUCCGGCGAACUUGUGAGCAACAACUGUGCCAUGUCAACAGCAUCUGGUGGCAGCCCCAAUUUGGGCAAUCCGGCUGCUGGUGCUUACGGUGUUGAUCUUGCUAGUCAUGAUAUGGCUAACAGGAUGGGGUAUGCUCCUAAUUUGAGUAAAAGGGGUUCUGGUAAUGCUGCUGAUCAGCUAGUGAAUGAUUCAGCGGCUGGAUGUGGCUAUAAUCCCAAUAUAGGCAAUCGGGUUGGUGGUAAUGCGGCCGAUCAAGCGAGUGAUGAGGGUGGAGAUGAUUCUGCAUCAGGAAGAAAAGUAAAGUUUCUCUGUAGUUUUGGGGGAAAGAUUUUACCUAGACCAAGUGAUGGGGUGUUGAGAUAUGUUGGUGGACAUACAAGGAUUAUUAGUGUCAGAAGCGAUGUGAGCUAUAAUGAGCUGGUGCAGAAGAUGAUGGAUACUUAUGGGCAACCUGUAGUUAUCAAAUAUCAGCUUCCCGAUGAGGAUCUUGAUGCACUGGUUUCAGUUUCAUGCCCUGAUGAUCUUGAAAAUUUGAUGGAGGAGUAUGAAAAGAUGAUUGAGAGGUCUUCAGAUGGAUCAGCUAAGUUGAGGAUGUUUCUGUUUUCAGCAUCUGAGCUUGAAUCAUCUGGUAUGUUACCGUUUGUGGAUUUACAUGAUAGUGGGCAGAGAUAUGUUGACGCAGUGAAUGGGAUUGGAGGUGGUGGUGGUGGUAUUACAAGGAAGGAGAGUGUAACAAGUGCCACUUCAACACAAGCUUCUGAUUUCAGUGCGAAUGACGCUGUUGAUGGCUUUCUUACUGGUCAAGGGGAGGUUACUGGAGCCUUACCAUCUGGUAUGUUAUUGCGCAAGCAAAAUUCAGCUAACUCAGAUGACUUUUCUCCUAGAUUGGUGUAUGUGGAUCCCAGCACUGUAGGCUAUACUGAACCUACUGUAGUUCCAUUGCGCAUGCCUUUGGCUAAGUCUGGUCCACUAGAAGUCGAUCUAGAAAGGUCUGUUCCUGUAUCAGUAAUUCCGCAACAUUUGGGAUUGCAACAACCUGGAAUGGAAAUUCCAACUUCUGCCUUUGUGCCAGCAUACGUUGAUCCUCGUCAGGAAAUACCAAACCAGGCAGAUUAUCUACAGUUUCCUCCCCAUUUGGGAUUUCCAAAUUCUCAACUAUUGCGACCUCCUAGCCCCGUGUACACACAACCACAUCUCCAUGGUAAUGGGGCUGGGGUUGUCCCAAGUCAGUAUUUUCCUCCUGCAGUGUGUGCAACAGUGAAUCCUCCGCCUUCGUAUGUUGGUGUAAGACAAAGUGUGCUUCAGCCAAUGAUUCAACCUCGAAUAGAAAAUUACGUGGAUGAAAGAACUUUUGUUCCAAGGGUGGUUCAGCCUGUUCCUGUUGAACAAAGCUAUAAUUCAUAUCAGGUUCCGGUCCCUUCUGCAGUGGUGGGUGGUAAUUAUGGUUAUCACCAUCAGGUUCCAAGGCAGGACCAUGCCCUCAUCUCUGAGGGUGUUGUACCUUGCCAACAGGUAAUGUUUUCUGAUAAAAUCCCUAGGAUUCAGGACUGUUACAUGUGUCAAAAACGAUUGCCUCAUGCACAUUCCGAUACUAUGGUACAGGGUCAGAGAGACAGUGGUGCAAGUGCUUUGUCUGAUUUAAGCUCAACACUUCAUAGUCUUCGUUUGGACGAUCGUAUAAGAACUCAACCAAUGGCUAAGGUUAUGGUAACUGGUGCCCUAGGGGAACGGGCUCUUGAUCAAGGAGUUGAAGCUCGACGCAGGGUCCAUGCUCAUGUUGAUCCACAAAUUGGCAAUUUUCAACUCGAGACAAGUGGUCUCAUGCAGAAUCCUGAUUCAAUGUAUGAAAAGGAGAGAAUUAAUUCUCAACAAGUAGAUAUCGUUGAGCAUCCUAGGAUUCCCAUUCCUCAGGCUGUGGCUGGAAGAGCUAUUGAAGUACAACCGCCUAAUAGUGCAUUCAUGACUGCAGUACUGCAGUAUGGUCGAGAUGAUCCUGUUCAGCAACAAUCUGUUGCUGCCCAAUACCUGGUUAAACAGGAUCCCUUGGUCAAACCUGUCAUCCAAGGUAUAACACCUGUUGGAGGAGCAGCUCCAGUCCUAGCUUCAGAGCGGUCAAAUCGUGAAUCGCCAAAAGCUAACAACUUUCCUGGCAUAGUAAUGAAUGAGGGUGCUGCAGACACUUCCAUUUCAUAUGACCAUUUGAGACCAAUCGAAGGGAGAGUGGAGUCUGGUAGAAAUUUCCCCCCUGAAACAUCUAUCCUCAGUGACCGCAGUAAGCCACCACCAGUUGAUAAACUAAGAAUUGAUGAUGGCUAUGAUCACAGAACCCCAUAUGAGCACAGUAAACCACCUGUUGAUAAAUUUGAGACCAGUUACUGUAUACCAGCUGAACCGCUGCCUAGUUACUCUACAGAAAUUCAGUACAACCCUACUUCGCGGUUGGUUGAAACAUGUGAGGUAACACAACCACCUAUGUGGGGCAAUCCUGGAUAUCAUACACAACCAAAAGUUGGAGCACAUCUCUUGGAUUCUGAUGAAGUUCAUUAUGGAAACCCUGCAUUUCGUGGCAUUGACCCACCAUAUACACUUCCUCCUAGUACAACUGGAGACGUUCAAGAUUUCUCAAACUCACUUUUCAGCAAUCAGGAUCCUUGGAAUUUGCGCCAUGAUACUCAUUUUCCCCCUCCUAGACCAAGUAAAAGUUCAUCAAUAAGAGGAUCUUAUGCCAGUAAUGAUUCUAUUGGUGAGAACCGCUCAUUUAAUUACACAGAACAAAGCUUAGUGGAAGAUGGAGUUCAACCAUCGUUCGGCAUCUUGAACAAAGACCUAGGUUCAGAGCAGUCUCAGCUGGAAAAUGGGUCAGCAGAGGAACAGAUCAAGAAUGAACUUCAAGCUGUUGCUGAGGGUGUAGCUGCUUCUGUUUUCCAGCCAUCUACUGCAUCAAAUUCUGGAUCAUGCAAUGAUUCCAUUCAUGCAGAUGUUAAAAAGAGUACCUCUGAGUGUAAGACUAAAGCUGAGGAUGUUAAAAACAAAGUCUCUGAGACAGCAAAUUCUGGUUUUCCCGUGUCUGAUGGGAUUGGACGCUUGCAGAUCAUAAAGAACUCUGACCUUGAAGAGCUGAAAGAAUUAGGGUCUGGCACCUUUGGCACUGUCUAUCAUGGGAAAUGGAGGGGUACUGAUGUUGCAAUUAAACGGAUCAACGAUAGGUGUUUUUCUGGGAAACCUUCAGAACAGGAGCGGAUGAGAGAUGAUUUCUGGAAUGAGGCCAUUAAGCUGGCUGACUUGCACCAUCCAAAUGUUUUGGCUUUCUAUGGUGUUGUGCUUGAUGGUCCCGGAGGUGCUGUAGCAACAGUGACAGAGUACAUGGUGAAUGGCUCUCUAAGAAAUGCUUUGCAGAAGAACGAGAAGAUUCUUGACAAGCGCAAGCGUCUAUUAAUUGCUAUGGAUGUGGCAUUUGGAAUGGAGUACCUGCAUGAGAAGAAUAUUGUACACUUUGAUUUAAAAAGUGACAACUUACUUGUUAAUCUUCGAGAUCCUCACCGUCCAAUAUGCAAGGUUGGUGAUUUGGGACUAUCCAAAGUGAAAUGUCAGACACUAAUCUCCGGUAGCGUUCGAGGAACACUUCCUUGGAUGGCACCAGAGCUUCUGAAUGGUAGCAAUUGUUUGGUUUCUGAGAAGGUUGAUGUGUUUUCAUUUGGCAUUGUGUUAUGGGAGCUCCUCACUGGAGAAGAACCAUAUGCAGAUUUGCACUAUGGGGCCAUCAUUGGAGGUAUUGUCAGCAACACCUUGAGGCCACUGGUGCCCGAAUCAUGUGACCCUGAAUGGAAGUCGUUGAUGGAGAGAUCCUGGUCGGCGGAGCCAUCUGAGAGACCGAGCUUCACCGAAAUUGCAAACUUAUUGCGGGCAAUGGCAGGAAAGCUUCCUUCCAAAGGACAAAGCCCGCAACAGCAGCAGCAGUAGCCCCUCCUUGUAUAAAAGAUAUAGCUUAUAUUUUUUUAUUAUUUAUUAUUAUAAUUAUGAUCAUUUUCCUUUUUAGAUAGAAAAAAAUAGCAUAGAUAGGGAAGAUUGCUUACACUGUUCUCCACAGAAAAAAUUACAGAAGAGUGGGUGUUAGGCUUUUUUAUGGAAGAUAUUUAUUUAGAGUUACAUAAUAUGAUUGUAAAAUGGUGAUUAAAUUUUGCUUACAAUUUUUGUGUUGGGAUUUUGGAAUUCUUUUCAACAGUAAUGGGUGAUUGUAUAAAGUAUAAACUGUA